AUGUGGUAUAUUUUGACACUUUUAAUCCAGAAUUGCUUUCUGUUGAUUUUUUUCCCAAUAUGGACUUUAGGGUCCCCAAUAAACACCCUCUCAGAUGAAUCUAGUCUGACAGUGACAUCCGUCUCCGUUACACCUUUGUUCCUCGCCAACUUUCCAGAAAACACUCAUACCUCGACGAUUGGACGGAAUGGCGAGGCUACCCCAGUACCCGUUCUAGGUGGUUCCGAAUGCUGGUUUUGCCCAGACAAUGAGAGUGGUAAUACCAUAGGAGGAUGGGCCCUACUAGGCAUUAAUGGCCCAGGAAAAUUCCAACCGACCAUUCCUACCAAUUUUAUAGAUCCUAUCCCUGUUAUCACAGUGUCAGCAAAUGGAGAUCCAACUUAUACGCCUUCUUCAGAAACACACGAUUUGGCUACAGAAGUCAAAAGAGAACUGCCAAACCCAGAGGUCAAAUACGAUGUUGUUAAAGACCUUAGGUACCAAAAGCUAGAGAAGGCUUAUAACAAAUACAGAAGCUCCAAUCCUAAGCUGAAAGAAUGGGAUUGGAAGGAUGGCGGUUCCUAUGCUGUCAGAGUCAGUAAGUAG